AUGGACACAGUGGCUGGAAGAACUCAGUCAGUUGGAACAAUUCCAAGCCACAAGAUGCCUGAAACCACCAGACUUUGGAGAAGUCAUCAUUCGCAUAAUGCACAUUCAGAGGUACACAGUGCCUUCGUCAUGGGUAAAUCCAGGGUAGCACCAUUGAAGUCUGUUUCUAUACCACGCAUGGAACUUAUUGCUGCUACAAUGGCAAGCCGCAUGGACACAUUCUGGAAAAGGGAGUUGCAUAUGCAGCUUCAGCCAUCAGUAUUUUGGUGCGAUAGUACAACUGUGCUAAAAUACAUCAAGAAUGAGACGUCAAGAUUUCGUACAUUUGUUGCCAACCGAGUUUCUGAAAUUCUCGAAGUAUCUCAGGUAUCUCAGUGGAGGUAUGUGAAUACCACUAGCAAUCCAGCAGAUUCAGCAUCUAGAGGAUUAUGUGUAGAUGUGUUCAUUAAGAAUAUUACAUGGCUGUCAGGACCCGAGUAUCUUCUGCAUCCUGAACAGGACUGGCCCGUGAACCCAGAUCAAAGUAAACUCCUACCAGAUGAUCCAGAGGUCAAGGUCAGUGUUUUAGUGAAUACUGUGCAUUGCUCAGAGCAGGAAGAUGCUACCUCUCGUUUAAUCAAUCAUUUCUCCUCCUGGACUCGAUUGAGAAAGUCUGUGGCAUGGAUCCUUAGGCUUAAAGGUCUUCUCAGGUCACUUUGUAAGAGGAAGCAAGUAAGCCCAAGUAAACACCAGGGGCCUUUCACAAAACAAGAAGCAGGAAUGACUAAAGCACAUACAUUAAGUGGUCUACUGUGCAUGGAUGAGCUAAAAAACGCUGAGAUGACAAUAAUUAAGUUUUGCCAAAGAGCAAGGUUCCCCGAUGAACUUGAUAAAUUGCAGAGCGGUAUGUGCGUUAGUAAGAACAGUUCCAUCUUUAAACUUUCUUCUGUGCUGGAAGAUGGCAUUAUAAGAAUUGGUGGACGAUUAAGUAAGGCUGCUAUGCCGGAAGAGGCAAAGCAUCCCAUCAUACUAGCAAAAGACCUCCAUAUCUCGAGCAUACUUCUUAGAUACAUACACGAAGAAGUGGGCCAUGGGGGGCGCAAUUAUAUGUUGGCAAGGUUGCGUCAGAAGUUUUGGGUUACAGGCGCUUCUACAGCUAUAAGAAGUAUCUUGUCCAAGUGUGUUGUCUGUCACAGAUUGCAAGCAGUGCCAGGGUCCCAACAGAUGGCUGAUCUGCCUGCGGAUAGGGUCUGUCCAGACGAAGCACCAUUCACCUGGGUAGGAGUGGAUUACUUCGGACCCUUUGAAGUCAAGAGCCGGAGGAGCUUGGUAAAGAGAUAUGGAGUAAUAUUUACCUGUCUGACCAUACGAGCCAUCCAUAUUGAAGUAGCGUCCUCUUUGGAUACUGAUUCAUUUAUCCACGCAUUACGACGCUUUAUAGCGAGGCGUGGCCAAGUUCAGGAACUGCGUUCUGAUAAUGGGACAAACUUUAUUGGAGCAGAGCGUGAGCUCAGGCAAGCUAUUGAAGGUUGGAAUCAGGGCCGUAUCAAUGAUAUGCUUUUACAGAAAAACAUCAAGUGGGUCUUCAACCCCCCUACAGGUUCACACCAUGGGGGAGCAUGGGAAAGAUUUAUAAGGUCAGUACGCAAAGUAUUUAAUUCUACAGUGAGGUCACAGAAUCUUGAUGAAGAAGGUUUCUAUACCAUUGUCUGUGAAAUAGAAUCAAUCAUAAAUGGCCGCCCACUUACUAAGGCAUCUUCUGAUCCUAAUGAUUUGGAAGCACUGACCCCUAACCAUCUGUUGCUGUUGAAAUCCUCUCCAUCCCUACCACCAGGGGAGUUCCAUAAAAAUGACAUCUAUGCUCGCCGCCGCUGGAAGCAAGUCCAGUAUAUGUCAGAUUUAUUUUGGAAGCGGUGGGUCCAGGAGUAUCUAACACAGUUGCAGGAACGGCAAAAGUGGUGUGACAAGAAGCGCAACUUCACGGUGGGGGACAGUCCACAUUGUGGAUGA